GAAGGUGCACCAGUGUAUUUUUAUUAACUAACUACAGUAAAGAGAGAUUGUUUCUACUCUGAAAUGUCUUAUAACAGGAAUUCAUGGAGUCCAAAUUUGAGAGCAAUGGAACAGCAGUUACAGAAUUCAUUCUUCUGGGCUUGGUAGAGACAGCAGGGCUGCAGCCAGCCAUCUUUGUAAUCUUCCUCUUUGCCUACCUGCUCACAGUUGGGGGCAACCUAAGCAUCCUGGCAGCUGUCUUGGUGGAACCCAAACUCCACACCCCCAUGUACUUCUUCCUGGGGAAUCUGUCCAUGCUGGAUGUUGGCUGCAUCAGUGUCACUGUCCCAUCCAUGCUGGGUCGUCUCUUGUCCCACAAGCGUACAGUUCCAUAUGGAGCCUGCCUCACACAGCUCUUCUUCUUUCAUCAGCUGGCUGGAGUUGACUGCUUCCUGUUGACAGCCAUGGCUUAUGACCGCUUCCUGGCCAUCUGCCGACCCCUCACCUACAGUACCCGAAUGAACCACACAGUCCAGAGGAUCUUGGUGGCCACGUCCUGGGCUUGUGCCUUCAGCAAUGCACUGACUCACACUGUGGCCAUAUCCACACUUCAUUUCUGUGGUCCCAAUGUGAUCAAUCACUUCUACUGUGACCUUCCCCAGCUCUUCCAGCUGUCCUGCUCCAGUACCCAACUCAAUGAGCUGCUGCUCUUUGGUCUGGGUGUCCUCAUGGCUGGUGCACCUGUGAUUCUCAUUGUCACCUCUUACAUCCAUGUGGCAGCUGCAGUUUUGAGAAUCCAAUCUUCUGAGGGCAGGAAGAAAGCUUUCUCCACAUGCACCUCUCACCUCACUGUGGUAGGCAUCUUCUACGGGACAGGGGUCUUCAGCUACAUGCGGCUGGGGUCAGUGGAGGCUUCAGACAAGGACAAGGGCAUUGGCAUCCUCAACACUGUCAUCAGUCCCAUGUUGAACCCGCUUAUCUACAGCCUUAGAAACCCUGAUGUACAGGGUGCCCUGAGGAGGGUACUCACAGGAAAGCGAGACAUGGCAUGAGGGUA